AUGUCGGUGAAACCCUUCACCUAUCCGCUGCCCGAAACAAGGUUCCUGCACGCUGGCAGGGUCGUGUACAAGUUUAAAAUCCGCUACGGCAACUUCAGCAAUGCUCCCGAUCUCAGUCUUGCUGAAAGUGCUGCCAAGGAGUCAGAGGAAGUGAUUCGAGUAAUCCUUGGAAACCUUGAUGACUUACAUCCAUUUUCUACAGACCACUUCACUGUCUUUCCGUAUUUGAGUAAAUGGGAGAGAGUGUCGAAGAUGAAAUUCAAACAUGACAACGUCCGUCUUGUGCCUUAUCCCUACAUUUGCACAUUGUAUCUAGAACUGAACUCAUUUCAGCAAAACGUGUCUUGUGGUAAAGAAGUAAACAGGGGCAGUGAUGAGCUUGUCAGGAGAAGAAAUGAAGUAUCAGAAAAUACUGCAGUGGAAGAAGCAGUGAAGAGGAGGAGAGUGGAAGUUGGAGCGGAGAACUCAUGCCCACAAUUGCAUAUGGACAGAACUGGAGCUGACUCUGUUCACCAGAUGAGUAAAGCAGAGCAUGGAUUUGAAAAGAAUUCUUCCAGAGCAAAUGAGUGCAAGUUUAGCCCAGCAUCCCUUACUAAAGACUGGAAAUGUGUGGAAUCUGCCCUUGAACAAGGAACAGCAGCCAGUCAGGCUGAGGGUGCAGUGCAGAUGCAGCAGCAAAUGGACCAAACAGGAAAGAAAGGAAACGGGAAGUCGGAAGGAAGAAGUCUCUCAGCGUUCUGGAGAAGCAUCAUCAUUUUGCCACUGCAGCACCUUUUUGGUGGAAAGAACUGA